GGGCAGGAUGGCUCCGCAAAAGGAUAGAAAAUCCAAAAAGUCGACCUGGAAGUUCUGCCUUGACUUGACUCAUCCUGUUGAAGAUGGAAUCUUUGAUUCUGGGAAUUUUGAACAGUUCCUAAAGGAAAAGGUUAAGGUCAAUGGAAAAACUGGAAACUUGGGCAACACCGUUCACAUCGAACGUCUGAAGAACAAGAUCACGGUGACAUCUGAGAAGCAGUUUUCUAAAAGGUACCUGAAAUACCUCACAAAGAAGUACCUGAAGAAGAACAACCUGCGUGACUGGCUCCGUGUCGUCGCGUCCGACAAGGAGACCUAUGAGCUGCGCUACUUCCAGAUCAGCCAAGAUGAAGAAGGAUCAGAGUCUGAGGAGUAACUGAAGCGUAGCUUUAUGCUCCACACAGCGUACAAAAGACUAGAACAUCUAUUUAUAACACCACUUAACUUAUUGGAGAAUAAAGACUUUGUACCCUGUUUGACAGAGCAUGGUUAGUUCUCUAGCCUUUUCCUUAAAUUCUGAUUAAAAAACCAGCAUGGGGAAUCGUUUGAUUGGCAGCUUUCCUCCUUCUGCUAGGAAUCAGAGCUGUGCAAUGUGGCAUCCAAGCAGAAAAAGAACCAAGCCCUUCACCCAGUACAAAUGUGAUGGUUACAUCACUGUUAAAUCAUAGCACAGGAUGUUAGGGGUUGGAAGGGACCUCUGGAGAUCUUUGAAUCCAACCCCCCUGCCAGAGCAGGAGCACAUAAAAUAUGGUACAAAUAAAAUACUGGUACAAAUGAGCUUUUUAUGAUUAAAAGUACUGGCUCCCUCUGCUGAUUUCUGUGAAGCUAAUGACACAAUGUUUAAUACAAGUUGAAUUAACUUCUUUAGUUAACAAGCAGGGUUGUAAAUUUUGAAAGAAAUAUUCAUGCGAUUUAUCUAAAUUGUGAAUUGUUUGCAGUGUUCCUCUCUAUAACCACAAGUCAAGUAUAGUAAGUAAAGGUUUAUAUUAAGAUAGGAAGAGGAGAUUAAUUUCAUUGCCAGCAUCUAAGCUAAAACAACUUGAAGGAAGCUGUGAGACGUGGCAAU